UCAUUGAGAAUAUGUAAACAAGUGGCCUAUGGUCCGUUCUUAUUUUAAACUUACGACCGUAAAGGUAUGGUCGAAAAUGUUGAACCGCCCAAUGGAUUGCGGUCAACUCCUGUUCGAUUGUAGAUUUGUUGGAUUCGCCUUUUGUAAAAGCUUUACUGGCGAAUGAAAUAGGUAGUUCAACACCAUCAUGUAGCUGAGCAAGAACUGCUCCACAGGCUACAUUUGAGGCGUCUGUAGUUAAAAUAAAUUCUUUUCUAAAGUCGAGAAAUUUUAGGAUAUUUGGUGAUAGUAAAGACCGUUUAAGGGAGUCAAAUGCUUGUUGACAAGCAUUACUCCACUGAAAUGGUACGUUUUUUCUUAGAAGUACAUUGAGCGGGUUUGUUAUAAGAGCAAAGUUUGGUAUAAAACGACGAUAAUAAUUACAAAAAAGCAACGAAUCGACGAGUUUCGUCUGUAUUCGUAGGUACAGGAAAAUUCAUAAUGGCUGUAUAUUUAUUUUUGUCAGGUUGUAUUCCGCUUGCGGAUAUAUGAUGCCCUAAAAAGGUAACAUCUGCUUUGAAGAAAUUGCACUUGUGAGGGUUAAGUUUGAGGUUGUAUUUCCUCAAACGUUGAAAAACUUCUUUAAGAUUGGCAAUAUGGUGAUUUAUUGAGCACCCGAUGACAAUGAUGUCAUCGAUAUAGGAAUGCAGUUUCGGGAGGAAGACCGCUUAAUGCAAUCGUCAUCAUUCUUUGAAAGCUAUUCGGGCUAAUAUUCAGCCCAAAUGGCAAUCGGUUAAAUUCAUAGUGCCCUGAAUUCGAUGAGAAAGCUGUAUAUUUUUUGCUUUCUUCACUUAACGGGAUUUGAUGAAAUCCAGAUUUAAGGUCGAGCGUCGAAAAAUACUUCGCUCGUCCUAGUUGGUCUAAGAUUUCAUCUAUCCUUGGCAAUGGAAAUUUAUCUGGGCUUAUUUUUUUAUUUAAUUGGCGAAAAUCCACUACUAGGCGCCAAGUUUUAUCGCCCGUAGCGGACUUCUUCGGCACUAGAAGUAUUGGGUUAUUGUACGGGGAAGCUGAGUAUUGAAUUAUUUUUCAGCAUGUUUCGGACUUGAAUUUCCAUCUCAUGCUUUUGUGCUUCCGGUACCCUGUAAUUUUUAAUAUACGUGGGACUCGGAUCAUUUAGAUGUAUCGUUUGCUUGUAAAAAUUAUUUUCUGUCAGUUCGUCGUCGGUCAAUGCGAAAACAUCACUGAACUCUUCAAAAAGAUUUUCUAGCUUGCCUUUGAGUUUUGUAUCAGUUAUGUUCAAUUUCAAUUCAUUUAAUAGUGCUUGUUUCCUGUGAGUAUUGUUUGCUGAUUUAUUUAUAUUAAAUACUUCGUAAUUUGAGAUUGGUACUAGUUUUGGUAUAAAAUCAUUUGAAAUUUGCACCGUUUCAUCUAAAGUGUUCAUGAUUUUAACAUAAGGGUAAUUUGUGCUAAUUAUGCCAUUAGCACAGAAAACUCCAUGUUGAAUUUCCUGUGUUAGAGUAACGCUAUCUUCAAUAUUGCCAAAAUGCAGUCCUUUUUAAUACUUCGCAUCGUGGUGGAAUAAAGUAUUUACCUCUCAGGUGAUUGGUUAUAGGGAUUUCGAGGGUGUUUGCUGAAGUUCUGAUUGACAAUAUCCAGGUAUUAUAAUCAAUAUUGCAAUUCCAACCUGCAAGGAAAUCUCUACCGAGAAUUCCAUCGGUAGGAAUUGGGAAAUUUUCGUCCACGAUGUGGAAAUUUUGGGCUAGAUUUUGGUUAUAAAUUUUGAUUUGCACUAAAGUGUCUCCUACAGUGGAUGUUGUUCCAUUCCCUAUACCGAUUACGUUGCAUUUGUUUGUUGGACGAUAAAUUUGGCUUGGUUUAACUUUGUUUGCUUUUAAGACUGAUAUAUCGGAACCACUGUCCACCAUGAAGAUGCACGGUGUUUCUGAUGCAUCAAUAUUAAGACAUACGAAAUUCGCGGCAGCUACAUUUAUUGCGUAUGCUGCCCGAACGUUACCCCUAAAGGGUGUUGCUGUAUAGAUUGUACCCCUAAAGGGCGUUGUGGCUGCUGAUAGUUCACGGGCGAUACUAAAGGGGGUAUUUGCUGCUGAGAGCUUGGCAGUUGUUGUUGAUAUCCUUCGUUUGCACUUUGGGCAAUAAACAUUCCAUGAUUUGAUAAAGGAAAUCCACGAUUUGGAAAUGAAUUUCCACGACUUGACCAACCUCCUCUUUGAUGUGGAUAUCGCUGAUAUCCUCUGCUUUGACGGAAACUUCCACGAUUGUGACCAAAAUUUCCAUGGUUGUGCUGAUGGAAAUUUCCACUGUUGUGCUGUUGAAAUCUGCCGCGAUUAUUUUGCGUUUGGUGGGCUCGAGCACGACCUCGAGCUCCAUCUCUUGAUGUCCACAUUAUUCGAGUAAUAUUUUGACUUGUUUCUCCAGUAAUUGGGCUGGAUUGUGCAUUUUCUUGCAAUUUCUGGAUUGCAUCAUUAAUAUUGGUAAAAUUACCUGCUUUAAGAACAAUACGUGCUUCAUUGUUCUUAGCGCCCCUGAUGAGAGCAUCUACGCCAUGUUUUGUGGCCAUUUUCUGUGCUGUAGCUUCAGGUAUGUUGUCACCCAAAUACACCGAUUUUAGCUGCGCGAUAAUUUUGUCGACUUGUUCACAAAAGUCAGUCACGUUGUCCGUUUGUUUAAUUGCAGCGAGUUUAGCUAUGAGGUUUUCUGCUGUUAUUUUUGACAUGCAGUGAUUUUUAACAGCGUCUAGAGUUUCGAUAAGGGUUUGAUUUUCAUUCACGGCCUGACGAGCUUUGCCGGUUAAACGAGUUCUUACGAACCGCACCACCGUGGCUUCGGCAGCAUUUUUCUGGGCAGGGGUUGCCUCCGCAAAUGUUUCCUCUACGUUUGGUAACCCUGCAGAUUGCUUCACGAUUCGACAACACUAUUACCAUCGUGGUGGACGCCUUGAUACUCAACAAACUUGUCUCGGAUCAACCGUGUCAAAAGUUCGACGUCGACACCAGCGUAUUUUCUGGACAACCCCUUGCAGACCCCCAUUACAACGAUCGUGGCAAAAUUGAUCUACUGCUAGGAAUAGAGGUGCUUUUCUCCAUCUUGGAGCCAGGCAAGCUGAUUGAUAUCCAUGGUGUUCCAUUGGCUCAGAACUCGAUAUUUGGGUACCUAGUAGGCGGUCGAUUCAGCGCUCCAUCCCACAACGCUGAGAACACCGCUGUGAUCAAUUUGGUAAGUGAAGUAAACUUGGACCAGACAUUGCGAAAAUUUUGGGAAGUUCAGGAAGUACCAGCAACCAAACUGCUAACUGAAGACGAGCAACGUGCGGUUCACCACUUCAACUCUACUGUUUCAUGUGGCUUCGAUGGCCGGUAUACUGUCCGUCUUCCCUUCGAUGACACAAAGCCAGAGCUUGGCGAGUCAGCCAACACUGCCAUUCGACGGUUCUAUGCUAUGGAACGCAAAUUCAGUAUUGAUCCACAUCUGAAGGAAGCCUACAUGAAAUUUAUGACUGACUACCUGACACUCGGCCAUAUGGAAAAGGUUCCCGCUGCGGAAGUGUUCGUGUCGCCGAAUAAAUGUUUUUAUCUACCGCACCACGCCGUAUGGAAGGAAGACAGCUCGACAACCAAACUCCGUGUCGUGUUUGACGCGUCAAGUAAAAGUACCUCUGGAGUAUCGCUCAACGAUCGGUUGCUCGUUGGACCCAACGUCAAUGAGCCUCUUUUCAGUGUUUACUGUCGCUGGCGUUCUUAUCGUUUUGCGUUUACCGCCGAUGCUGAAAAAAUGUACCGGCAGGUUUGGAUAGAUGAAAGAGAUAGAGAUUACCUCCGAAUUGUCUGGCGUGAUGAUCCUCUUCAACCGUUGGAGCAUUACCGAUUACAAACAGUGACGUAUGGUACUGGAUGUGCAGCAUACCAAGCGAUAGCGGCAUUGAGAAAAGCAGCCGAGGACAACAAGGACCAGUAUCCAAAAGCAGCUGAAAGGAUUCCCAAAAAAUUUUAUGUAGAUGACCUAUUUUCUGGUGCCGACUCUAUUGGAGAAGCCGUGGUUCUACGCAAGGAAAUUGUCGACGUUCUGGCAUCGGCUGGUUUCAAUUUGCGGAAAUGGUGUAGCAACGAUCCACAGAUCCUUGAAAACUCAGCAAUCUGCAAUGAACCGUAUCCAGUUUUACUUCCUGAGGAAUACGACGCGGUGAAGGCUCUGGGUAUACUAUGGAUACCGCAAGAUGAUGUUUUCUGUUUCAAGGUUACGUUUGACAUCGACAGUGUGAAUACUAAACGGCAGCUGUUAUCCGACUCAUCGAAACUGUUCGACCCAUUUGGUUGGAUUGCUCCAGUAUUAGUUCGUGCAAAAAUAAUGUUUCAGCAUCUCUGGUUGUACGAUUUGCAAUGGGAUGAUCCUCUGCCAGCCUGUAUUUGUGAUGAAUGGAUCGAACUAAAGGAAACUUUGCACUACAUUGAAGCAAUACGCAUUAACCGAUGGAUUCCUGAUCAUGACAACAGAUUGGAACUUCAUGGGUUUGUGGACGCUUCUGAAGCUGCUUAUGCUGCCGUCGUCUACGCCCGUUCUGUCGAUGAGAGUGGGAAUGUUACGGUCAACAUUGUUGCGGCCAAAACCAAGGUUGCUCCUAUACAGCAAAUCUCUCUGCCGAGGCUCGAGUUGUUGGCUGCAGAGUUAUUGGUAGACUUGAUGGCCAGGGUCAUGGAAUCAUUUUCACAUCUGGCUGUUGAACUGUAUGCGUGGACGGAUUCCCGGAUCGUGUUGCAGUGGCUUUCUUCUCAUCCACGCAAAUGGAAAACCUUUAUUGCAAAUAGGACAUCUAAGAUUCUGGACAUCGUCGCAAGAAACCGUUGGCAUCAUGUUGGGUCUGCUGAUAAUCCAGCUGACUGUGCUUCUCGCGGUAUUUCACCGACAGAGUUAGUAGGACACGCCCUUUGGUGGACAGGACCGAGCUGGCUCAAGACUGAUGAACUGCCUUUCGAGACAACCGACUCAACAAUUGAAGGUUCCUUGGACGACGAAGAGCUGUUGGAGCGACGAACACACGUUGCCUGUUUGGCAACAAGUGUAAAACCGAAAUCAACUCGAGGUAUUGAGAAUUUUCUUCUAAAUCGCUUUUCGAGCCUGAACCGAGUUCGACGCACUCUAUGUUGGAUCAAUCGAUUCGUGAAUAACGUGAGAGCUAAGCAGAAGGGUAAUAAUCGCACAACCGGACCCAUCACUCCAAAGGAAUUAGAUGAUGCCUCUCUUCAGCUUACUAGAGCAGCACAGUGGGACAGCUUUGGUCCAGAACUCGUGUUACUUGAAAGUGAUUCCACGUGUCCAAAAACAGUAAGAUUAAGGCGCUGUAUCCUUUUAUCGACUCAUGCGGUACCUUAAGAGUAGGUGGUCGGCUCCAAAAUUCGGCCCAGCCGUAUGAUGUACGUCAUCCGAUGAUCGUACCCAAGGAGCAUCGAUACACGUUUUGCUGUUGAUGGAAAUCCACUUGAAUAAUCUACAUGCGGGUCCGAAUUUGAUGAUUGCUACCUUGAAUCAACGGUACUGGGAAUCUGGGAUUUUUAAAAGAAUCUCUGGAGAAUCUAUGGAGGAAGAAACGAAGGUAAUUUCUGUAUUUUUUUUUUUUGAAUAAAUGUGUGACCGAAUGUCUGGAUCAAGUGCCGUAGGAUUUUCUGAAUUGAUUUUCAGAGUAAUCUUCGGAGUAAUUCCUAAAGCAAUCAUAGAAUGAUGCUUAACCCUACUUUGGCAUUAGGGUAAUUUUUUACCCAAACCGUGCACUACGUCAGCGAGCUGCUGCCAACGUAAUGCAAAAGGAAGGUUAAAAGAAUCUCUGGAGAAAUUAAUUAGCAAAUUUGUGGGAAAAAUUUGAAGAAAAUUGUAAGGUGUUGCUCGAAGAAAUCUCUGUAGGAAUUCUCGAUAGAGGAAAUACGGAAAAAAUCGAGUGGACAAUUUUUGAAGGACGAAUUUUUGAAAUAUGGAAUAAUUCGCAUUGGAUUUUCUGCAGUAAAGGGUGAUACGGUCAAAAUUUGGUCACACAUGUUUUUUUCAUAACUUUAGACUGCGUACACCAAAACAGCUGAUUUUUGGACCAGCUUAUACCAUAAAAUUUUCUUAAAAAUCGAUUAAGUAUUGGUUGAUAUAUAGAUAAAACCAUCGACCUACCUUUUUAAAAUUUUGUACAAAGGCGCUCCACAGUAAGUUUCGGAAAUUUAAGGUCAGUAAAGCACAAUUUUUAUUAUAGAACUACCAAUACUGCUCCUGACUUUUAUCAAAAUUUUACAGUAUAAUACUAUUAUGAAAAUAUGUUCUUAGUAAAAUUUUGAGCCAUUUUAUAUGAAUACUUUCAAAGUUGUAGCAGUUUGAAUAUGAAAAAACUGACCGGGUUCCACUUAAGCAAAUAUAACUUUGUAACGGCUGGAUCAAAUUGAAUGAAAUUUUUACACAACGUUUUCAUAUGCAUACUUCACAUACAGAAAAAUUUUCAUUGAAAUCGAAUAAGUAUCUCUGGCUCUAUAAAUAAAACAGUAAAAAUGUGUUCUUAUUUGUGAAUCCUCUUUGCACAAAAUUUUAAAAUUGCAGAUCUCAGGGCUCAACAAUAUCUCCGCAAAUACUGAACCGAUUUUGAUGGAAAUUUUAUGGUACAAGCUACAUAUAAUGUACCAUUACUGAUCCAAAAAUCAGCUGUUUUGGUGUACGCAGUCUAAAGUUAUGAAAAAAAUUGUGUGACCAAAAUUUGACUUGACGAAAUUUGACAAAAUUUGACCACCUGAACAAAUAUAACUUUGUAACGGCUGGAUCAAAUUAAAUGAAAUUUUGACACAACAUUUUGAUAGGUAUACUUUACAUACAGAAAAAUUUUCAUUGAAAUUGGUUUAGUAUUUCUGGCUCUAUAAAUAUAAGAGUCAAAAUGUGCUCUUAUUUUUUAAUCCUCUUUGUACAAAAUUUAAAAAUUGCAGUUUUCAGGAUUCACAAUAUCUCCGCAAAUACUAAACCAAUUUUGAUGAAAAUUUUAUGGUAGAAGCUACAUAUAAUGUACCAUUGCUAGUACAAAAAUAAGCUGUUUUGGUGUACGCAGUCUCAAGUUAUGAAACAAAUUGUGUGACCAAAUUUUGACCGUAUUACCCUUUACCUAAAAAAAAAUAAAAAAAUUAAAAAAAUACUCUGGAGAAAAUUCUACAAAUAUUUCUUGUAAAAUAUCUGGAGGAAUCCCUGAAAUUUCUCAGGAAGAAAUCCCGAAAAAAAACUCUGAACAAAGAUAAAGAAUCUCUGCAGAAAUUUAGGGAACAAAUCCUGGAGAAAUUUCCAAAAGAAUCUCUGGAAAAAUGAGCGAAGGAUUUGUUUAAGUACUCUAAGAAAUCAUUGAAAUUGAAAUUUUCGAAGAAAAACCAGAAAAAAAUCAAACAAUUUGGAAGAGAUCUGCAAAUACAUUCCCGGAUGAAUUUCUGUAGGAUUGAACAGAGAAUGUUUUUGGAAAAUUCAUGAAGUAAUCGGUUAAGAGAUAACAGAAAAAUACUAAAGAAGCAUGAGCUCUGGAGAAUUGACAGGAAUUCCCGAAAAAUCUGUUUAGGAAAUUACGAAAGAACCUCUGCAUAAAUAUUUGAUGAAAUAUUUGGAGAAAUUCCUGGAAGGAAAUUGCAUGAAAAUCUCUGGAAGGAAAUUGUAUGAAAAUCAAAAAAAAAAAUUCAAAAUUAUUCCUGGUGAAAUUUCUGAAAGAAUCUCAGAAGGAAAAGACGAGAUAAUUUGUUUGAAAUAUUUCAACAAACUUGUGAUUGAAUAAAAAAAAUCUGAAUCUAGUUCUGUAGGAUUCUCUGGAGAUAUUUCCUAAAGGAUGUCUGGAGAAAUUCCUUUAGCAUUUACUGGAAGAAUUACCCAAAUUUUUUGGAGUAAUUUACCAAAGAGUCUGGUGGAGUAAACUAUAACAAAAACUUCUUGUAAAAUUUCUAAAAGAAUCCUCGGAAUAUACAAGGAAGGAAACCAGAAAGAACCUUUGAACAAAAUUUAGAAGGAAUAAUAAAGAAAUUUUAAAGGAAUAAUAAUGAUAUUUUCAAAUAAAUAAAAAAAUAAUCUCUACAAUACUCUUUGGAGUAAUGAACAAAGAAGAAUGUCACAAUAGAUCUAACAACUGAUCGUAGUGACUUAGAUACCCAACAAGGAAUAAAAAAAAUGAACGAAGAAAUUAUCAUUGCUUUAAUCACGACUGUUGCAGUUAUACUCUUGGGAUCUUUUCGGCGUAUCAGUCUUCUCGUAAAAAUAAAAAACUACGGUUUGAUUUCUUUCUCCAACGUUUCGAUCCUUAUUGGAUCUUUAUCAAGGAUUCUGUAAUAUAUUUGUCACGUUAGAUUAGUUUAUAAAAGACGUUGCACUGAAUUUACACAUUACCGAAAUAGUUGUCGUUUUUUCGUCAAACAGAUUUUUAAACCUUUUAACCGUCAUUUGAUGGUUUAGCUACAAAAUAUUAUCGUCAGUUAUUUACAAUAUGGGUGUCAAGUAUUACUUACAAUUCCGUCCGUUUUUAACCGGAAAACCAUAAUUUUUCAAAAUUUUGAUAGUCGGAAUUCGGACCACUGUUCGCUAUUUCUUGAACAUUUUUCAAAAUGACGGUUAAAUGUUUCUCUCUUCGUGUGUUGUGUAUUCGGUUAUGGUAGUGUGUGCGUUGUGUUUAUAAUGAUUCUGUUUUGAUUUCUGCUUGUCGUUCUCUUUAGGUUUUGCAUCGUGUGUAAUAUGGCAGCGUAGACUACGUGCAGGUUAUCUGUGUCUGUACGUUUGUUUACCGUGUGUGGCGUGUUAUUAAUGUGACAGCUUUCCAAGAUGGGAAGGUUGGAUGGUUUGUGUGUCCUAUCUACAAUCUUCACAUUGUCAAGUCUGAAAACAUGGUCAUUUUCUGCUGCGUGGUCUAGUAGUGCUGUCUUUUCCCUAAUGUUUAUUAUCGCUGCGUCAGUGUUCGUGUGUCCUGCUUCUCUUAGCGUCGUCAGUCUGCGUACAUUGGAGCGAUGUCCCGAUAUACGUGUUUUCAGUUUCGUCGUCGUCAUUCCAAUGUAGCUGCCAUCACAGUUGUCGCAGUCGAUCUUGUAUACAACGUUGCUUUGCUCAUCUUUCGGUGUCUUGUCCUUGAUGAGUGGUAGUAGAUGGUAGUAGAUUUCAAAAUUUUGAAAAAUUAUGGUUUUUCGGUUAAAAACGGACGGAAUUGUAAGUAAUACUUGACACCCAUAUUGUAAAUAACUGACGAUAAUAUUUUGUAGCUAAAACAUCAAAUGACGGUUAAAAGGUUUAAAAAUCUGUUUGACGAAAAAACGACAACUAUUUCGAAUCCUUGAUAAAGAUCCAAUAAGGAUCGAAACGUUGGAGAAAGAAAUCAAACCGUAGUUUUUGAUUUUUACGAGAAGACUGAUACGCCGAAAAGAUCCCAAGAAGAAAUUAUCGAAAAAAAAUUAAGAGUGAAUGCCAAAAAAAUCACUUGAGGAAUUUAGGGAACAAAUCCAGGAGAAAUUUCCAAAAAGAAUAUCUAUAGGAAUAAACAAAUAAAGCUUUGCUGUAAUUAGGAUAAUUUUUGAAGGAAUUUCAUGAAAAAUGAACAAGGAAUUGUUUCGAAAAAUCAUUCAAGGAAUCUGUGUAGAAUUUUUAAAUUAAUCUUUGGAGUAAUUUCCGAAAAGAAAAGGCGUGAUAGAAGAAAUCUCUUAAGAAAUUUUCGACGAAAUUUCUGAAAAAAAAUCUCUAAAGGGGAUUCCGAAAGAAGCUCUGAAUAAAUUUUUGAUAGAACAUCUAAAGCAUAUUGUGGAAAAUGUCCCAGAAGAAUUUGUGAACGAUUUUUUGUAACAGUCUCCGAAGUAAUUGUCGAUUAAAUUUUUAGGACACUAAUGAAAAAAAUGUGUAGCAUUAAAACCCUGGUGGAUUUAUAUUAGGAUUCUCUCAAGAAAUUUCUUUUAGAAAUCCAUGGGGAAAUUCUUGAAGGAAUUUGCACGUAAAAUUUCGCAAAAAUUCGGGAAGAAACUGUAAUGACCAAUGAAGGAAUUUCCGAAGAAAUAUAUGAAGGGAUUCUAAAGAAAUGAGGGAUAUUAUAAAAGUCUCAGAAGGGAUUUCAAAAGCAUUUCUGGGAACGUUCGCUUUUUUUGUAGAACUCGGAAAAAAUAUAGCGUUAUCUCUUUAGCAAUUUAUAUAUUUUAAUUACAAGUAGGAUCUGUAAAUUUAUUCUUAUAUACACGUGAUUGCUUUGAAGCAAUGUAACACAAGGAUUGUCACGAUGAGUGUAAAGUUCGAACCGAAUAUACAACAUUUCUGUAUUGUACGUAAUUUUGUAAAGAUUUUGUAGUUUUGAUGAUUCACACUUCUCACAAAUGCUUUGAAAAAGUUUUCCUAUGUGCACGUGAUUAUUUUCAAGCAAUAAAACACAAGGAUUGUCGCGAUGAACGUAAAGUUCGAACUGAAAAUAUGAAUUCCCUAUAAUGAUUCCCCCGUAUAAUGAUUUUGUGAAAAUUUUGUAGUUACUAAAACACACACUUUUCACAAUCGAUUGGAAGAAGUUUUCUAAUGUACACGUGAUUGUUUUCAAGCAAUAAACACAAGGGUUGUCGAUAUGGACGUGAAAUUCAAACUGAAAAGACACAUUUUCUGUAAUAUACGUGAUUUUGUGAAAAUGUUGUAGUUCCUAAAAUACACACUUUUCACAAUCGGUCGGAAAAAGUUUUCUCAUCUACACGUGAUUGUUUUCAAGCAAUAAAACACAGGAGUUGUCGUGAUGAAUGUAAAGUUCAAACCGAAUAUACAAAUUUUCUGUAUUAUACGUAAUUUUGUGAAGAUUUUGUAAUUUUAUGAUUCACACUUGUCCCCAUUUAUCUGUAGAUGUAUUCUUAUGUACACGCGAUUAUUUUCAAGCAAUAUAACAUGGGGAUUGUCGCGAUGAACGUAAAGUUCAAACUGAAAAUAAAAAUUUCCUGUAUUAUACGUGAUUUUAUGAAACUUUUGUAGUUUCUAAAAUACACACUUUUCACAAUCGUUUGGAAAAAUCUUUCUCAUGUGCACGUGAUUGUUUUCAAGCAAUAAACACAAGGGUUGUCGCGAUGGACGUGAUGUUCAAACUAAAAAGACAAAUUUCCUGUAUUAUACGUGCUUUUGUGAAAAUGUUGUAGUUCCUAAAAUACACACUUUUCACAAUCGUUCUGAUAAAGUUUUCUCAUGUAUACGUGAUUGUUUUCAAGCAAUAAAACACAGGGGUUGUCGCGAUGAAUGUAAUGUUCAAACCGAAUAUACAAAUUUUCUGUAUUACACGUAAAUUUGUGAAGAUUUUGUUGUUUUUUUGAAUCACACUUGUCCUCAUUUAUCUGUAAAUGUAUUCUUAUGUACACGUGAUUGUUUUCAAGCAAUAUAACAUGGAGAUUGUCGCGAUGAACGUGAAGUUCAAACUGAAAAUACUAAUUUCCUGUAUUAUACGUGAUUUUAUGAAAAUUUUGUAGUUUCUGAGAUUCAUACUUUUCACAAUCGUUUGGAAAAAGAUUUCUCAUGUGCACGUGAUUGGUUUCAAGCAAUAAAACACAGGGGUUGUUGCGAUGAAUACAAAGUUCAAAUCGAAUAUACAAAUUUUCUGUAUUAUACGUAAUUUUGUGAAGAUUUUAUAGUCUUAAAUAAUGAGUAUCUCCAUAUAUUUCUUAGCAAUAAUUUUGCUUUAUUAAUAUGGGCAAUUCAACAUUAAAAUAUGCGUGGAAACUAAUUUACAUUCGGAAUGGCUCCAGAAAAACAGUAUUUUUUAAGAUAUUUGCUCCGAGUUUUUGAGUACUCAAAAAUAGAACUUUGGUCAAAUCCAUAGUUUGAAAAUUAUAUAUUCAUCUAGAAGGCUGGGAAAAUUCAUAGCUUCAAAAAUUUUGCAAAUCAGAUAAAAAACGGCUGAGAUAUUAGCAGUUGAAAAAUACCGUUCUCACUGUUUUGAGGCAUGGCAGUUGGUGUAAGUGAUUUAUAGCAUGGCAGUGGGAGUGUUAAUUGGUUAGCUCUUUUUCUAACUUGGUUAUUCAUCCGUCUUUGAAUCUCGGCCCAUAAACUUAGAAGCAGCUGUAUAGCUACUCCAGCCGAUAUAAACCACAAACACGUUCGUGGAGAAAUCCCAUGAUAAGUUCCUGAAUAAAUCACAGAUGAAAUUCUUGGAGAAAUCCUGAAGUAAUUCUAGAAAGAGUGGAUGAACUUUCGGAUGAAUCCCUGUAGCAGAUCCUGAAGGAAUCCCUGCAGGCGUUCCUGUAGAAACCCCAGGAUGAAUCCUGGAAGCAAUUCCAAGAGGCAUUCCUAAGGGAAUCCAUAUAAAGUUCCUGGAGAAAGUACUGGAUUAAUUCCUGGAGGAAUUCGUGAAAGAAUUCCAAGAGGAAGUCCUAAAGAAAUUCUUAAAAGAGUUCCUGGGGAAUUCUUGGAGGAAUUUUUAAAAUUAUUCCUGCAGUUGUUCCUUAAAUAAACACAGAAGAAAUAAUCUCAGGAUGAAUUCCUGAAAAAAUUUAAUGAGGAAUCUCAUAAGCAAUCCCAUGAGGAAUUAUUUUUUUAUCUGUAUUAACGAGAUUUUUAGUCCUUGGCUAGUUCAUCUCGGGACCCACGCUUUAUUUCCCUUCCGAAGGAAGAACUCACAUUUUGUGUGUUUUUUCGGGAGUGGGAUUUGAUCCCAGGUCCUCGGGGUGAAAUGCCUGUGCUUUAACCAACCAUCACACCAGGUCCGAGGAAUUACUUAGGAAAUCCCAGGAAAGUUUUCUCAACAAUUCUUGAAACAAUUUCUGUAGGAAUGCCUAGAAGAAAAAAAAUUGUAGGAUCUGUAAAUUUAUUCUUAUAUACACGUGAUUGCUUUGAAACAAUGUAACACAAGGAUUGUCACGAUGAGUGUAAAGUUCGAACCGAAUAUACAACAUUUCUGUAUUGUACGUAAUUUUGUGAAGAUUUUGUAGUUUUGAUGAUUCACACUUCUCACAAAUGCUUUGAAAAAGUUUUCCUAUGUGCACGUGAUUAUUUUCAAGCAAUAAAACACAAGGAUUGUCGCGAUGAACGUAAAGUUCGAACUGAAAAUAUGAAUUCCCUAUAAUGAUUCCCCCGUAUAAUGAUUUUGUCUAAUUUCACUGAGUGUUCUGAUUGGGUGUUUACAAUCUCUAUGUGAUUGUCACCGUUAUGAUUCACUUGAGCUUUUGACUCCUCUGAGCCCAUUUUGAAUCCUUUUUUUUCACUAUCUUCAACGAAAUUCUUCCAUCACUUUGCACGUGAUUUUUUUCACUGAACUUGUCCGAAGAUUACUGAUUCGUAUUAACUCGCGGUCGCCAUCACAUAGUCCGUCCGGCAGGGUAUGAAAAACGGAUCACGCCGAAAAACAAACGCUUUGUCCUAAGCGAUGCAUGUUGGUAACAAAGGCGCUCCGCAACAAACGCAUGUCAGGCGAUGAGAGCAAUAAAACAAACAUCGCUUGCCGUGCGUGCGAUAUUCCGGCAUUUCUACUGAAAUUUUCGACCCACAUCAUCGAAUUCAUAAGCAUUUGAACGAAUUAAGACUCUUGCAAACCUCAGAGUCGAGUUUCAGUUGUAAAACAAUGCGAAAAUCACGAUGUGAAUAGAACGAGACAAAUAUUCCUACCGUUUUUGUUGUGAACAAACUCGGGAGCGAUUUUGUCAUUAUCUGCUAACGAAAAAACAAAGCGUUGUUGCCGUGCCUUCUUUGUUGCCUAUUUUUCGCUUGCGGUGGCAUUUUCUGCGUACACUGCCGUCCAGGGACUAUGCAUUCGGAACUUCUGAUACUUCUUUGUCCCCGACCUUAAGCCAUUCCUAUGAAGUUAGCAGUGCCUGAGCAUCAGGUUGCUAAAGGGAGAUUUCAGUGUACACCGAAGUGUAUUGAAGCGCAUAGCUUUGGAGUCAGAACCAGACUGUCCUGGUACUGGAACCGAAGUUCCUUUUAUUUAGUUUUUCAAUCGAUUAUUACAAUGUAAGUACAUAUGCCUAAAAGAGAUAGAUAGAUAUAUGCCUGGGGCGGCGGUGACAAUAUUUCGGCAAUAACUUAUUUGGUAGAACAUGAGCCUUAGCGCAUCGUCCAAACGGACGACCACCAACGAGUAAAAAUGCAAUCAGCAAAACAUGUGGCGCAUUGCGUACUCGAGUGCCUCGAUGCAAACUGCUUACGCAUGUUGCACCGAGGCCAUCGUUCGUACCCAUGCGGACCUGACCUAUUCUGUUAUGAUUCUGUUGUGACGUACCAUUCUGAGUGUUUUUAUUGCUAACGCUGAUUGAUGAAGGAAAGAUGUUUUGGGUCGAUGCGUGUAUAGCACACUAACCUAAAAGAGAAAAAAGGGAAAGAACUGAAAUUAGAAACGAACAAGAAAAAGGUAAUUGAAAAACUGUAAAAUGUGUAAAACGAACGAAAGAUUAGUAAAAGUGACGUCACAGGGGAACUAAAAAGUGGUUAGGUCCAAAGUGGGCCUUUUUCUUGUAUUUGCCAGCAAAAUUCGGUACACAAGUGGUCCAAUCGCCCGCCUUUGACAAGCGAGAAAAAUUCCAAAACGAGCUCGGGUGCAAAUACGUUCUGCAAUGCUACCGACGCCACUAGCCGCCAUCUUCAGUAGCAAAGUCCCGUCGAGCGGCCUAGCGGCCGCCAUUGCUACAAACUCUAGCGAGAGCAUCAGCCGAUGCACCAAUACAGCCACCAUCCCAGUUGGCGAGAACGUCGCCAACCAUAGCAACCAUCACUACAGUCAGCAUCUCGUCUAGCGAGAACAUCGCUCACCAUGGCAACACCACUACAAACAACCUUGAUCUGGAUCCAACGAAAUGCGCAAGUACCCUGUGAACCGUGACGUCACCAAUAAAUUAUGUAUGUAUUAGUUAGGCCUAAACACAUGUGUUGCAACUUUGCAUUAGAAAAUACCCUGAGUGUUAGUGUUUCCCUUUUGUUUUGUGUUUGUUCCGUUUUGCCGGACCCAUAAAGGGGUCUCCAACCCUCGUCGCUCUUGCGGUCCCUGGAAAAGUGGUGAAUUUUAGAUUCGAGCACCCAUCGGUAACCGGUUUGAUGUUUCACCUUAUUUCUUUGAACGUGUACGUCAUUUGUUGAUAUUCGUUCCAUUUCGAUAUGUUCCUGCUCAAGUAAGUACCUUCAGCUGACCAGGAGAGAGAGAGAGAAAACAAGCUAAAAUCCCAUUCAACGACCCUGUAGACCCAAACACCCUAUUCCCUGAGCUGGCGAGUUACAAUUCCUCUUCGAAUUCCACAAGGAAUUCUACAAGAAAUUCCUCCAGGAGUUCCACUUGGAACUCAUCCGGAAAUUAAACCAGGAGUUACACCGGGAAUUCCACCAGGCAUUCUUCCAGGGUUUCCACCAGGCAUUCCACCUAAAUCUCCAUCUUGAUUUCUACCAGGAAUUCCACCAGAAUAUCCACAUAGAAUUCCACAACGAAUACAACCAGGAAUUAAAUAUGGAAUUUCACCUACAACCAUACCAGGACCUGCUCCAGGAAUUUGACCUGGGAGUCCACCUAAAAUUCCUCCAGGAAUUCCAAAAGAAUUCCUUCAUCAAUUCUAGCAGAAGUUUCUUUUUUAAUUUCUCCAGGAGUAACCGAAUGAAUUUCUCCAGGAAUUCCUCCAAAAUUCCCUCGAGACUUUCACCAUGAAUUCUUCCAGAAAUUCCAUCACGAAUUUCACAAGUUAUUCAACAACGAGUCCCACAAGGACUUAAAUGAUAAAUUUCUCCAAUAAUUAAACCAAC